UACCCGCGUCACAUACAUCAAAACGUACGCAUCUACACUACCAUACGCAUUGUGUUGGAAUAUAUAGAAUUCGACAGAACGUUUCUAUGUAAAACAUAAUCAAACAAGUAGAUUAACCACGCCGACCACUCUGAUUCGUGCUAGACUUGUGUGAAUCAUUCCAUCUUUACUCAACAACUCACAAUCAUGGCUUUUUCAUCGCCGAUGCCAGAUCGCCAAUUUCUCUGGGAUGUAUUUCAAAGGGUUGACCGUGAUCGCAGCGGUUACAUCAAUGUUGAAGAACUAGGCAGUGCUUUAUCAAAUGGCACAUGGAGCCCUUUUAAUCCAGAAACUGUUCGACUCAUGAUUGGAAUGUUUGAUAGACAAAACAAAGGUCAAGUAAACUUUGAGGAUUUUGGUGCUCUGUGGAAGUAUGUCACUGAUUGGCAGAAUUGCUUCCGAUCAUUUGAUCGCGACCAGUCUGGAAACAUCGAUCGUGGCGAACUUAAAACUGCUCUCACGACGUUUGGCUACAGGCUUUCUGAACCACUAAUUGAUACACUUAUGAGAAAGUUUGAUAGGCUUGGCAGGGGGACUAUUUUGUUUGAUGACUUUAUUCAGUGCUGUAUUGUUCUCUAUACUUUGACUGCAGCAUUCAGACAACAUGACACUGAUGCAGAUGGCGUGAUUACAAUUCACUAUGAACAAUUUUUGGGCAUGGUUUUCAGUUUAAAGGUUUAAAUAUGGUACUAAUUGCUCCAUGUGCUUUUGAUAAUUCUCUCAAUUGGCAUUAUUAUCAAUUGUAUGCUAAUUUCAACGACUGUUCAAUGAGUGUGGCAAACUAAUAAGAUAAUCAUUGUAAUUUUACGUAUACUACGCUAUUGCAGUACUUUCCACGUUCUCUUGUUAUCUUUAAAUAUGUAUUAAUGUUACAAACUACUAUAUCAUAUGUAUUUUGUAAAUGUAGCUCUAAACUUGAAGAAAAUAUAUUUACAAACACUUUUCUUUAAAAAUA